CCAAUAAAGGCAAAACCCUUAAAAAAUGUAUAAAAAUAUAAGAAAAUUAAAUCGAACACGUUCAUUCAGAUGGUUUGCAUCAUUUUUCUUCUGAUUAUUUAUGUGCUCCACCUGACUCUGUGAUUAUGACAGGCUAAUACAUACUUUGCUGCUGUUGAUAUCAGACUGGAGUUCUUUCUCUCUCUCUCUCUCUCUCUCUCUCUCUCACACUGAGUUCUAGAGUAGGGGAGGGGCGAGCAUGUGUGUGUGCGUGUGUAUGUGUAUAUGUGUGUGUGUGUGUGUGUGUGUGUGGUAGAGCGAGGGAAGGGAAGGGUCUGCCGCUGCACACCUUCACUAGCGCUUGAGAAACAGCGAGCGAGCGCUAACAGGACAGUUGAGUUGAGUCAGGUAUCUGCCGGUCUCCAUGGCUCUGGUUCUGGACGCCGCUGCUCACUGCAUGGGGGCCUAUUACUGCCUCAUACGCACCCGCUUCAAGAGGCGGCGCAAGAAACGCUCCGAGCGCAAAGGUGUGGCUGUGGCUCAGCAAGCGCAGGGCCAGUCGAGACGUUUGACCAUCAUGGAUGUUGAUGAGGAAGAGAACAUGAGUUCAUGCAGCACCGACGUAAAGGAAAACCGCAACCUGGACAACGUCUCUUCUAAGGAGGGAGCUGGCCUGGUGGAGCAGCUCCCGAAUGGUAGUGGAGGAGGGGGUCGCAAGCGCCCUCUGGAGGAGGGCAACAAUGGCCACUCGCACUCCAAAUUCAGACCCAAGAAACGUAAGAAAACCCCAGGGCCGGUUCUGCCCAAAAAUGCCCUGAUGCAGCUCAAUGAGAUCAAACCAGGUUUGCAGUACAAGCUGCUCUCGCAAACCGGCCCAGUUCACGCUCCAGUCUUCGUCAUGACCGUCGAGGUUAAUGGGCAGUUGUUUGAAGGCUCUGGGCCUACAAAGAAAAAGGCCAAAUUGAAUGCUGCAGAGAAGGCCCUGCGAUCCUUUGUGCAGUUCCCAAACGCAUCCGAGGCCCACCUGGCCAUGGGCCGAACGCUCACAGUCAACACUGAUUUCACCUCCGACCAGGCUGACUUCCCUGACAUGCUCUUCAACGGGUUUGAGACGCCGGCACCGCCUGAGGAAACGUUUUUUCUGGGUUCCAACGGCAACGGCUCCUUAAACCCGCUGGGAGAGUAUCCCGUUCCUCAGGCGGCAGGUACAAACAGCCUCGUGCAGGCGCCGCUCCCGCCGCCCUCCUCCUUCGCCUCCUCGGCCAGCGGCAAAAACCCUGUCAUGAUCCUCAAUGAGCUACGGCCGGGCCUCAAGUAUGAGUUUGUGUCAGAGAGCGGGGAGAGCCAUGCUAAGAACUUUGUGAUGUCGGUGACUGUGGACUCGCAGAUGUUUGAGGGAUCGGGGAGAAAUAAGAAACUCGCGAAAGCCCGAGCAGCCCAGGCAGCUCUGUCAUCGCUCUUCAACAUGCAACUGGACCAGACCCCGUCCCGACAACCCAUCCCGAGGGAGGGCCUACAACUGCACCUGCCACAGGUUCUUGCUGAUGCUGUUUCUCGUCUGGUAGUGGACAAAUUCAGCGAGCUCACAGACAACUUCACAUCUCCACACGCACGCCGGAAAGUUCUAGCUGGGGUCGUUAUGACUACAGGCACUGAUGUGAAGGACGCUCAGGUCAUCUGCGUCUCCACAGGAACCAAGUGUAUAAACGGCGAGUAUAUGAGCGACCGCGGCCUGGCGCUCAACGACUGUCACGCUGAAAUCAUUGCUCGUCGUUCCCUCAUCAGGUAUCUCUACAUGCAGCUGGAGCACUUCUUAAGCAACAAUAAAGAAGAGCACCAAAAGUCCAUAUUCAUGCAGUGUGAGAAGCGCGGCUACAGACUGAAGGACAGCGUUCAGUUUCAUCUGUACAUCAGCACCUCACCCUGUGGAGACGCUCGAAUCUUCUCUCCUCACGAGGCCGGCGUCGAGGAUCAGGGAGACAGACACCCGAACCGGAAGGCGAGAGGUCAGCUGAGGACCAAGAUCGAGUCUGGCGAGGGAACGAUCCCGGUGCGCUCCAGCAACACCAUACAGACGUGGGAUGGGGUCCUGCAGGGCGAGCGGCUGCUGACCAUGUCAUGCAGUGACAAAAUUGCAAGGUGGAACGUGGUGGGCAUCCAGGGAUCCCUGAUGAGCUACUUCUCCGAGCCCAUCUACUUCUCCAGCAUCAUCCUGGGCAGCCUGUAUCACGCAGAUCAUCUGUCCAGAGCAAUGUACCAGCGCAUCGCAGACAUCGAAGACCUGCCGCAGCAAUUCUCCCUCAACCGGCCCCUGCUCAGCGGAAUCAGUAACGCUGAGGCCCGUCAGCCAGGAAAGGCACCAAACUUCAGCGUGAACUGGACGGUGGGAGAUCAGGCUCUAGAAGUCAUUAAUGCCACCACAGGCAAAGAUGACAUGGGCAGAGCAUCACGACUCUGCAAACACGCUCUCUACAGCCGCUGGGUCAGACUACACUCAAAGCUCUCACCAACUCUGCGAAUCAAAGUGCCCAAGCCCAGCUCGUACCAUGAAGCCAAACAAGCAGCAGUGGAGUAUCACACGGCGAAGCAAACGCUCAUCAAGGCCUUUCACAAAGCCGGCCUGGGAGCCUGGGUGAAAAAACCCAUAGAACAGGACCAGUUCUCACUGAACUCUUGAAGAGGGAACACAAAAAGACCAGGACAUGACAACAACCAGCUGUUAAUACUUCACUUGAUGUGCGAGAGAGUGUGUGUGUGUGCGCGUGCAAGUGUGUGUGCGAUGCUGUUUGUUCUCAGACAAACCAAGAGCCCUUUAGUGUCUGUCAUUUUGCUCUCUUUGUGUGAAUCAUGACUCUGCCUUUUUAAUUUGUAAUCUAGAAGCAGAUUGUCAUCUAACGUACGUUUGUUUUGAAGUUAGCGGUAUUAGCCUUCAGCUGAUAACAGGACGUAAUGUCAUUUGUAACUGGAAAAAAGUGUGUUUUUUUAGUUUCUUUUAGUUCCUUUCCGUAAGAGAGAGUGGUGCCGACAAAACCUUGAUGCCGUAAAUGUGCACGUUACGUGGCUAAAGGUCGACCACACAUCUGUACGCACGGGUCUGAAGGUUUCCUGGUCCAGCCUAUCCAAAAACGCUGGCUCACCUUUUUUGAGCAUGGUUCUUCUUGAUAUGCAAAACCAUUAGCAUAUUUCUAUUUUUUAUUCCGUUCCCUCCGGAUUUUAAAAAGGGGAAGAAAUUCUAUCGCGUAGGUCAUAACUAAUACAGCAUGAUCCCUUUAGAUAGACUUAUUUUGUCAGGACUUUAGUGUAGAGUUAGCGUGCGCCGUUUUUCUAGUCGAUUUUUAAUUUGACCUCGGAGGGAAACUUGAACUUUUUUUUUUUUGCAUAUGAGCAACUGUAUUCCCGAGUGGUUAAUUGGAAAAUGGAUGCAACCGAAGUGCAUUGAUGUUAUUAAAUGAUGUGUUGUUGCUGUUUGAAUUUCA